AUAUUCUACCACGUAGAAAAUAGUAAAAAUAAAGAAAAAUCCUUGAAUGAGUAGGUGUGUCCAAACUUUUGACUGGUACUGUAUAUUGUUUGGUCCUAGCCUUAUUUAUUUGUUUACUAAUGGUCAAAGUUUGAGUCCUUUUUUGAUUUGAAUGUUCUCUUGUUGCCUUUUCUCCAGAGCCCCACAGUGGUGUUAAAAUACUCGUAAAACCUGGUGGUCAAAUAAGGAAAUGGUUCCAAUUUGUUUUUCACAUAGGGGAUUUUAGAAACACUUAAAUAAGGGCUGUGUUUCAUGUAGGCUUACCCUGGCGUGACGUUUGGAUAACCAUGUAAAUCUCAACCCGACAAGGUGACUUUUAUCAAUAUAUUCGGCUCUAUUUACUCUUAUUCGAAAUGCAAAUUAGCAUGAAAGUAGACAUCAUGCAAAACUACAAAUCCCUGCUGACACCUUUGCUAACGGGUAUUGUGUCAAUUUAAAACUUGCACAAGACAAUUCACAGAAUUAUCCAUUUAAAGCAAUGUAGCCAAUUUGUUCAUUACUACAUUUAGCUAACAUUGGAUAGUUAAUCCAGAGCUUUUUACCUUUGAAUCAUUUCGGCAGUUCUGCAUGUUGUCUACUCUGAUUAGAAAAUGCUCAUUAGCAUAAGAGUAAAUGGAGCCGACUGUGUUGAUAAAAGUGACCUUGUCGGAGACCGAUUUACAUGGUUAUCAAAACGUCACGCCAAGGUAAGCCUACAUGAAACACAGCCCUUAUUUUCAGUGUUUCUAAAAUCCACAAUAGAAAAAAUGAAUGGUGGGAAAACGAUUGGAACCAUGUCCCUGUUUGACCACUAGGUUUUAUGGGUAUUACGACACAUACUGUGGUACUCUUAUUGCCUGUAUAGCAAAAGGCUUUCACCUUCGAGUGAAGCCUGGGAGCCGAGGGUGGUGGUGGGGGGGAAGAGUUUGGGGGGAGGGGCUUGGUGUUGUCACUCCAGGAGCUUCUUUCCUCAGUGCGGGAAUGAAUUCUGUCUGUUGCCAUUUUUGUUUUAGUUAUUACUGAACUCAAAGUACUUAUUCAGAUGGGACCUAAACUUUAACCAAUCCAGUCAGAGGAAAGCCCUCUCAACGAGAAGAGUUCAAAGGCAUUUUCAUGAUGAUUCAACAAUCGUUUUCGCAAAACAGUCAUGCCAUGUAAAUGGGAUUUUAGUAGUUUUUCUCCUAUUGCUACUAUGUCAUUGCCUUGUUCUUGAAUUGGUAUGAGGUAAGAUUUGUCCGUACUGACCUGUGCAGAUGUUGCUGUCAUGGCCGCUUAUGCUGAAGCCUGUGUCAUACGUGCAGCGGGAGGAGCUGUGGAGCAGGAGGACGAAGAGCGAUAGGACCAUGACUGGGGAACUGAGGACAAGCCGCCCAAAGACGGGAACCAAGAGACCCAGCAGUGAGGCCUACAGAUCUGACUAUGACUUGGAGUAUGACAGCUACCCAGAUGACCUCUACAGCAGGGUGUUUGACUACCAGCGUGUCCCAGCCUCCGUAAUGCCAGUCCCAGUGGAGCCCAGCCCUAUGAAACACUCCCGUGAUCCCUCUUUCUCUUUCGGCCUGCACCGCUCCAGAAACAGACCACAGGGCAAGAGGAGCGCACAGCGCACCGGCUCUUCCAGGGCCAAGUUGAAGAUGGCAGAGCUGCUGGCCAUAAAGCGGGAGUUAACUCUGAUCAAGGUGCAGAUUGACGGACUGCUCGACAGCGUGGACAAGAUGGACAGACAGAGGAAGGACCACUCAGAUUCACCUCCUACCCAGGAGGGCAGUGUGUCGGACUCAGUGAGCAGUCUGGAAGAUUCUCCCGUCAGCCUCCCGCACAGACAGAGGGAGAGCCCAGAGCCUGGAGAGGCCAGCGAUGAGGACCAACACCUCCAACACUACCAGCUCCACUGCAGGAUAAAUAACCAUCAAUCUGAUCUGGAGGAUGACAUGUGAGGAGAUCAGACUCAAGGACCUCAGUGACAGCAGCACACAGAGAUGGAGGGGGAUUGAAGUGAAAGGAGGCGUGAUCAUCUCUAAUCACAGUCAACAUGGACACAACCCUCAAAUAAAUAUACUGUUCAUUACAAAGUAGAGCUAGGGCGAUAAACUGGAAAUUAUCGACAAGAACCAUACCAAUCACUUAUCGCAGGCAUUUUGCUGAUAUCGUUCAUUACGAUAAGUAGCCUAUACUAGAGAAAUGUGAAGUUUGAAAUGAAAUCAGUUUGCUAAAAUGGGUGAUAGUCAUUGGACAAUUGAUGGCUACAACCAUCACACUAGUAGUAGUAGGUUAAAGAAUAAUAAUAAAAACUGGUGCACAUUAAUGUUAAAAACGUGUCAUUCUAUUUACCGUAAUUGCAUCAAUUCAGGCAAUUUUUCGCAAUAUGGAUUUGGUCCAUAUCGCCCAGCUGUGUUACAAAGAUGGAUCUUCAGUGAAUUGUUUUGUUUGAUGAAUAGGACAUAUCUCCCUGGUUACCCUCCCUGGUUACCCUCGGUUCCUUUAUCACAGUCAGAUUCUGCUCACCUUCGUGUCUCCAUCUCCCCUUUAAAACAAGUUCCUACUGACUUAUGGACUCAACAAAAUAUGGCAGCUUUUUAAAAAAGUGUAGUCUCUUGCGAAAGGGGACUGGCAACCAGUGGUGGUUCUAGCUUGUAUGGCUCCCUGGGUGAACCCCCCUUCAGAAAAUCCUAUAUCACACAUAUACACAAAUAGAAUAACACACUUAUAAAGAAGAGAACCGGAUUAUUACACUAUUGCACUUCACACAAAUUAAAUUGCAAAACUAAUUGCAUUACUAAUUGCAUUAGUACUGUACAAAAUUAGAGGUGCGCUAUUUGAUAGAUUCCCCCGCUCCCCCUACCUCUGUCUUCCAGUGGGGAGACCUGAGGUCAACCUACCCCCGCUCCCCCUACCUCGCUUCCAGUGGGGAGACCUGAGGUCAACCUACCUCGCCCCCUCCCCAUCUCAUACUUCUGAGUGGGAGACCUUCCCAGGCAGUAGCCUGCCUAGCUCACAAACUACAAUCAGGGUGCGCACUUCGACAAGGUUAAUUGACCCACAGUCUCACCCGGCGACAUUAUAUCAUUGACGUGAUGUGCAAAUGAGCUAUAGAAAACCAAUCGCGCAAAUGUCACCAUUCAGAAUUAUUUUUUUUGUUUUUUGUGUGGGCGCCCCAUGCCGCCCCCGGCAAGAUGCCACCAUGGGUGGCUGCCAAUGUCGCCAAUGCCUAAAUCCGCCACUGCGGAUAUGCUUCAGAUAUGCUUCAGACAGACCGACAACUACAUUUUCUCUCAGAUUAGAGAUAAGGAUUUGCAAUGCUGUUUGCCACUUACUGUAUCCAGUUCGCCACAUAAUUGGAAUGUGUAAUAAAUCAAUUGAUAUAAAAAGCCAUUCAAGAUUUACCAGGCAGAGGCCAACAGUAUCAGACAUCUACACUCGCUGUGCGUUCUCCUGUAAUCUUUCCAUAUUGGUCUCUACCAAUUUCCCAGUGUCCACAUUAAUAAAGACUGUCAGUGUGAUAA